GGUUUGGGAUCCGGCGGCCGGGGCGAUGGAGCUGGGUCCCGCCGCGUCCCCUGGGCCUUCCCGCUCCUUCAAGGAGGAGUUGCUCUGUGCCGUCUGCUACGACCCUUUCCGCGACGCCGUGACUCUGCGCUGCGGCCACAACUUCUGCCGCGGGUGCGUGACCCGCUGUUGGGAGGUGCAGGUGGCGCCCACCUGCCCGGUGUGCAAGGACCGCGCGGCCCUCGCCGACCUGCGCACCAACCACACCCUCAACAACCUGGUGGAGAAGCUGCUGCGCGAGGAGGCCGAGGGCGCGCGCUGGGCGGGCCACCGCUCCCCGCGCCUCUGCCGCCCUCACCGCGGCCAGUUCAGCCUCUUCUGCCUCGACGAUAAGGAGCUUCUGUGCUGCUCGUGCCAGGCCGACCCCCGGCACCAGGGGCACCGCGUGCAGCCAGUGAAAGACACUGCCCACGACUUUCGGGCCAAGUGCAGGAACAUGGAGCACGCGCUGCGGGAGAAAGCCAAGGCCUUCUGGGCCAUGAGGCGAUCCUACGAGGCCAUUGCCAAGCACAAUCAGGUGGAGGCUGCCUGGCUGGAAGGGCGAAUCCGGCAGGAGUUCGACAAGCUUCGCGAGUUCCUGCGCGUGGAGGAGCAAGCCAUCCUGGACACCAUGGCCGAGGAGGCGAGGCAGAAGCAGUGUCUGGUGGAGGAGAAGAUGAAGCGGCUGGCGGAAGACACCGAAGCCCUGGCCCAUGAGAUUGAGCGGCUGCAGGUGGAGAUGAAGGAGGAUGAUGUUUCUUUUCUCAUGAAACACAAAAGCCGAAAACGCCGCCUCUUCUGCACCAUGGAGCCAGAACCGGUCCAGCCCGGCAUGCUCAUCGACAUCUGCAAAUAUCUGGACUCCCUGCAGUACCACAUCUGGCGGAAGAUGGUCACGUCUGUUGAAUCCGUGCCCUUCAGCUUCGAUCCCAACACCGCGGCCGGCUGGCUCUCUGUGUCCGAUGACCUCACCAGCGUCACCAACCAUGGCUACCGAGUGCAGGUGGAGAACCCGGAACGCUUCUCCUCGGCGCCCUGCCUCCUGGGCUCCCGCGUCUUCUCCCAGGGCUCCCACACCUGGGAGGUGGACCUGGGGGGGCUGCCGAGCUGGCGGGUGGGUGUGGUGCGGCUGCGCCAGGACGCCGGCGCCGAGGGCCACUCGCACAGCUGCUACCACGACACCCGCUCUGGCUUCUGGUACGUGUGCCGCACGCAGGGCGUGGACGGGGACCACUGCGUGACCUCGGACCCGGCCACGUCACCUCUGGUCCCAGCCAUCCCUCGCCGCCUGCGCGUGGAGCUGGAGUGUGAGGAGGGCGAGCUGUCCUUCUACGACGCCGAGAACCACUGCCACCUGUACACCUUCCACGCCCGCUUCGGGGAGGUGCGGCCCUACUUCUACCUGGGGGGCGCGCGGGGGGACGGGCCCCCUGAGCCUUUGCGCAUCUGCCCCCUGCGCAUCACUGUCAAGGAGGAGCUGGAUGGCUGAGGCCGGCCAGAGCCUGCCCCGCGCCACCUGGCACUUGGGUCAUGGUCCUGCUUCUUUUGUGUCCGUCUUCCUCAAGCCGUGCUCACCUCAGUACCUCUGAACCGUCCGCCUCCUUGCCAGGAUCUGCCUGCUGACCAGUCCUGUCCUUUUGCUGUGGCUCCAGGCCCCAAGCCGCCUCCUUCAUUUCUGAAGUCAUCCAGGGGACACCUCACUCCCCAGAGUCCUGGCCCCUUCAGGAUGUGAAUUUUCUAACUCCCAAUUCCAGGAUGUCUGGGGAUGACGUUUGCUUCUAGAAGAAUGGGCCCAUUUUAGCAUGUGGGUUUUAUUAUCUGGGUAUGGUGAGGCUGCAGUGGGAAAGAGUUGGUUAUUUACAAUUCCCAAGAGGAAGGCCCCACCACGUGGGCCGGGGGAGCCACCAGGGAAGCACCAGGCCCCUUAGGAAGCAGAGGGAGUUGAGGAAGCACCAGGUAGGAGACUUUGUUGUGGUUUUAGUGACAGAACAGGCUUGGGAGGGCUCUGUCUGGGUAGACAGGUUUGUGAUCUGGUUGGAAUAAUUUUGGCGGGCUCUGGGGCAGAGGGGCUGCCCCCAGUUGUCAGGGAUGACGGGGA